GACACAAGUUUGAAUUAAACCCUUAAAAGAUAAACAUCAAGAAUCUUUUUUGUUAGUCACACACAAAAGAAGAAAAAUGGCAAGAGCUAGGUGGAAACCAACACCACAACAGCUUAUGAUUUUACAAGAUAUGUACAAAAAAGGUCUGACAAAUCCAAAUUCAUGUCAAGUACAAAUGAUUACUUCCCAUCUUUCUGUGUAUGGAAAGAUACAAUGGAAGAAUGUGUUCUAUUGGUUCCAAAACCACAAAGCAAGAGACAGGCAAAAAAUGAGAAAACAACAAAAGCAAAACCCUUCUUCAUCUUCUUAUGCUUCUGGACCUGUCAAUUCUCAACUUUACCCUAACUCUCCAACUAUAUUUCUUCAUCAGGUUGAAGGAACCAAUGCAUCACCUCAUGAAAUGAUGAAGUACCUAUGGAAGAAUGGGAUGAUGAGAAGCAACGGUAUGGAUUGGAUGUUGAUGACAGAUGAAGAAGGUUCUUCUAAUAAUAAUAUUGUCCAUUGCAACAAUAACAAACCUCUAAAAACAUUACAACUUUUCCCUGUCACAACAACUGGCUUCAAGGAUUAUUAGAAUUUACUUUAUAUAUCAAUAAUAAUUAAGUACUAGUACCACUACAUCAAAAAAAAGAAAAAAAUCUUUAACCGCAAUAGCUUAAUUAUUAUCGACAACUAGUAUUCUUUGUAUAUGUUCCUAAAGUCUUUAGCGACAUUGGAUCUAAUGACACUUAACUAAUGCCGAUAAAGACUUUAGGCACUCUUUAGUAAUGUGUCUAUUUAUUAUCCUAAAAGUUAUUUUUGUUGUAGUGUACUAUACAUUAUUUGAAGAUUGUACUUCAAUUUGAUUCUAAUGUAUUUUACGUGUGAUAGCU